AUGUCUUCGUUUGGCCGUGUGACCGCCCGCAGCGGCGACGCUGGGACCCGUGACAGUCUUGACCGGUACAAUCGCUUGGAUGUUUUGGGAGAGGGAACGUACGGCGUUGUGUAUCGUGCGGUCGACAAAAUCACUGGACAGUACGUUGCUCUCAAGAAAGUGCGACUCGAUCGCACUGAGGAGGGUAUUCCGCAGACUGCGCUGCGCGAGGUGUCAAUUCUGCAAGAGUUCGACCACCCCAACAUUGUGAACUUGCUUGAUGUCAUUUGCUCGGACGGGAAGCUCUACCUUGUCUUCGAGUAUGUGGAGGCGGACCUGAAAAAGGCGAUUGAAAAGCAAGAGGGCGGCUACUCUGGAAUGGAUCUGAAGCGGCUUAUUUAUCAGCUUUUAGACGGCCUUUACUUUUGCCACCGCCAUCGCAUCAUCCACCGUGAUCUGAAGCCAGCCAACAUCCUCCUGACAUCAGGGAACGUCCUUAAAUUGGCUGAUUUCGGUCUCGCCCGUGCGUUUCAAGUGCCCAUGCACACCUACACGCACGAGGUGGUUACGCUGUGGUACCGUGCCCCUGAGAUCCUCCUCGGUGAGAAGCACUACACUCCUGCUGUGGAUAUGUGGAGUGUCGGCUGCAUUUUCGCCGAGCUAGCACGCCGAAAGGUUCUUUUCCGCGGCGAUAGCGAAAUCGGGCAGUUGUUUGAGAUUUUUCAAGUGUUGGGGACUCCGACGGACACCGAGGGGUCCUGGCCUGGUGUGUCGCGGCUUCCUGAUUACCGCGACGUAUUUCCCAAGUGGACCGCAAAGCGGCUGGGGCAGGUACUACCAGAACUUCAUCCAGACGCUAUUGAUCUUCUCUCCAAGAUGCUCAAGUACGAUCCACGGGAGCGCAUAUCAGCCAAGGAGGCCCUACAGCACCCGUGGUUCAGCGACCUUCGUUGGUAG